AUGUACUUGCGAAGAUUGGAGACACCUCAUAGGGUGAACUUGGGGUCUCUAUCCGACACAAUUGACUUCGGCACCCCGUGUAACCUCACUACUUCGUCAAGAUAUACCUGCGCCAACUUAUCUCCUGCCCAGGUGGUGUGGAUCGGUAAAAAGUGUGCUGACUUGGUCAAGCGAUCCACGAUCACCCAGAUUGCGUCGUGUCCCCCUAUCGAGCGAGGUCAAACACUUCGCCACGAAGCGCCCAAUAUCAGCCUUCAUUCCCGGCCACCAAUAGAGUGCUCUCAACUCAUGAUACAUCUUGGUGCCGCCCGGGUGAUCCGCGUAUGGAGACCGGUGGGCUUCCUGCAAGAUCAACUCGCGAAGCUCUUCAUUCUCGGGCACGCACCACCGGUUUCGAAACCGGAGCGCGCCACCGGCGUCCACACUAAAAUCGCCAUCUUGUCCUUCGUCAAUGUUGCGCCGCACCCUUUGGAGACUCGGAUCCGCAGGCUGCAACUGUUUGAUCCUCUCCAAUAAGGUCGGUUGAAUAACGAGCGCCAUCAGCUGAGCCGGGACCUCAGGAGCGACCACUUCGAGGUCCAGUCGCUCCAUUUCCAGCCCUAGGGGUGUUUGCUGGGUAACAUCAAAAGCGAGGUUCUUCGCCGACUUCCUGCUAAGCGCAUCCGCGACCACAUUUGCUUUGCCGGGGUGGUAGAGAAUAUUGACAUCGUAAUCCUUUAAUAGCUCUAGCCACCGCCUUUGUCGCAUAUUCAGCUCCUUUUGGGUAAAUAGAUAUUUCAAACUUUUGUGAUC